GGCUGCUGGGAUCUGUAGUAGAGGACAGGAAGAAGAUGGCGUCCAAGAUGAGCGUGGUGCUGCGGCCGGUAAAGAGUAUCGUGGUCCGGUUCUGCCCCUUCGAGCCCAACGUGGAGAGCACGAGAAAUUUUCUCCAAUGUAUUUACCAUAAAAAAAUCCAGGCUACUAAUACAAACUGUCAAGUGACUGCUGAUGUGAGACAUGAUGGAUCUGAACCAGUUGUAGAUGUGACGUUUGCUGAUGGAGAUCGACUGAUAAUGAAGGGAGCCAACCUGACGACAGGGGAAAUGUUAGCAGCAUUGAAGUCCAGAUGUAAUGCAAAAGACCUUAAGGAAGAACAGAAAAACAAGAAGAAGCAUCCCUGAAGAAUGGAAAAACAACUGUGCUUGCAUCUACAUGUGUUAGAAACAGCAGGCUGCAAAAAAAAAAAAAAAAAAAGGCUUUUCCUCUGCAACAAAAUCUGAGAUGGCCAAAAGACUUUAAAUGUUCCCUGCCUUCCCUUGAAGGAGAACAUACUAGAUCAACAAAUCUUCUAACACUAGUGGGUCAGAGUGGCGUAAGAUGCAUGAAUGCAACUCUCUAAGCAGCUGCAUGUUGGACUAAUGUCACAUGGAUUUGCAUAUCAAUGUGAAUAAUGCACAUUAGCUAUUAAAUUAAUACUGCAAUGAA